AUGUCAUCAAAUGAUAUAUCACAGAGAAUCCAGUCCAAGGCCUUAUCCGUGAGUUUGUCGCCUAUUUUUAUUGUUUGUGGAAAACGGAGGGGUUCGUUAUUUAUGGAAGGGACCUGGAGAGACGGACGGUCCCCUCACCGCUCUUGUAGUUUUACUUUCUCUUUUACAGAGUCUUCUGGUCCUGUUCUGGGGGGGCUUGGUACUCUUUUUGGGGGUUUCUGGUGCUUUUGAUAUUGUUUUAGGGGUGAGGGGAUAAUUUUGGUUUUCAAUUGAUCACUGUUGUCAAAGUAUUUGUGAUAAAAGAUAUUUUAGGCCAUUUUCUAAUGUUUAUUUUAAAACUGACAGAAUGACCUGCACCGUGCAGUAAUUUAGUUCUGAAACCACCAACAAGCCCAACAACUUUUGUAACUAAAAUCAUAAAAAGCCAUUUUAAAAUAGUUAAAUUUGAAAAACAAAGAUACUUUGCAAUCCCAAAAUUCAAGUGUCCGAUGUCUGGCGACAGUCUUUUGUCCAAUUCCGGGUCAAAAUAACUUAUCUACCUUCCGUAAACACGGGAACAGAUCAUGGGGAAAGUAUGUCAUCGAUAACACAAUUGUUUUCUGUUUACUCUGUAAAACGAUCCAAUCCAAAACUUAUGGGUCGUCAAACGUUUAUGUUGAUCUGUUAUUGUUAUGUUGUCGGAGGGACGUUAAAAAGUACAAUUUCAACUAAUUUGCGGCCUUUACCAGGGUUUUGUUGGAAGUAUUGGCUCCGGGGGAAGGCGAUUGUGGGUGGUUCUUUAUAUAGUACGAGUGAUGGAAGGAGAUUCUUGUAGUACAAGUUAUAAUAUGGGGGUGUUUCUUAUAGUAAAACUCGUAAUAUGGGCGGUUUCUUCUUAUUACAAUAAGAUACGACGUUUUACUGCACAGUAAAGUUAAGAUAUCACUUCAAAGUCAACUUAUACGGUUAAGAGAAGAUCAACCAUGCUGGUUUGGGCUUUUUCUAUACCUAAAAUAAUUUAUUUUAAGCUUUUACACCCAAGAAUCGUUUUUCAAAUUCUUUUUCGAGUUGUAAUAACCGCGCAGUAAAGUAGAUGACUGUGGAAACUUUAAAAAUAUAUGUUGUAAAAAACAAAGUCAACCUUUUUUGUUACAAAAUAAUCAUUUAAUUUGGACUCUUUAAUUACUCGGAACGUCUUUCAUUCUUACUGCUUCAGUUUUACAGUUUAGUUUUUACUUAAUGAUCAGGUUCAAAGUUACAAUUUAAACAUUUUUUGGGGUAAUUUAAGGUUUUUUUUUAUUUUUUGAGCUUGAUUUUAAUAUAGAACCAUAUUUUAAAAGUUUUCCAUUUUACAACGCUACCUUACAGUUAACCUUUUUCAAUUUUAAACUUUCUUAUUAUCACGUUGAGAAAACGAGUAGCGACGUCUUCAGAAGACCAUGCCUUGAGUCGUGUGGCUGUCUGGGUUGGUCGGUGAAUUCGUCGACUCGGUCCACCGAAGACCUGGUCUCUCUCCCUGUCCCCCUCCCUCCCCCUCCUCGGGUUUGUUUUUGUUUGGUUCUUGUAUUAUUUGCAGGUCGCGUGGUUGCUUCGUCUUCAGAUGGGAUCCGUCCAAAGUCAGCCGGCUGUCAGCAACGGUCAGUCGUCCAAGCUGAGCACGUUAUGCCCGCAGGCAGGGAAUAUCUGUUGUAUGAGCAAGAAGCGACUCAAAGCGAGGUAAGCAAGGGCCGGUCGAGUGAUGUGGGUAAUGGUUUUAAAAGGCAUUCGAAGAUCUGUUUGGUCUUAUGAUCCGAUUUUAAAUGGUUUGAAGUGGUUUUAAAAAGCAUUAGAGCUGGUUCUUAAAGUAAUGUUAACAUAUUUUUGAUUUGAUGACUAAUCGCUUGGGUUUAAACUGUUUGGGGCCAAGUUUUGGAGCAUAAUAGGCAAAUUUUACUGUUUUUUUGGUUAGUAGUAGCCACAGUUACACAAUUAAACGUUAAAUAUGUUGUAAAGAGUUAAAAAGCAAUAAAAUAGUUAGAUAUAUCUUAUGAUUGCCAAUCGAAACUAAAGACAAGGGACUGAAAAAGAGAGUUUGAACUUGUUCUAUCUAGUUUUUGACCAUAUACACAUUUACAAAUCACACUUUCAGAAAACAAGAGAGUACCGAGAUAUAUGAGCCCACCGUACUCGACACCAAACUUGAGCAUCAACGUGACAAGGCUCUUGAUCCGCGACCGUCGAUGGUGGCGGCUACUGUAGCUCAGCAAUGGAAGCACGGUUCUGUGAAGAAGGAACCCUUAGGCGAGAAGCCUUCUAUAGUAUCGUUUUCCGACGACUCGCUCCUUAACGAAGAUGUCAGCUACAAUCUCAGCGAGCAAUCUCACGAAGUCUUGGAACAGGUCUGUAGCCGCUGUAAACCUAGUAUAUAUUGCUUCAAGUUUGACGUGGGGUGCAAGUUAUUAGCUGUAGUUUUGGGUAGUAAAGGGUGUUUAUAGUUUACAUAUAUACUUUUUUUAUUAACUAAAACCGUUUAAAAGGUUAUACUACUAUCAUACGAAGCUAAAUUUAAUGUUUUAUAUUGUUAAUGUUCCUAUAGUAAUAUAGUGCAUAUUCCUAAAGUGCUAUUAGUAUUGAAGUACAAAAGCAACUAAUAGAAUUGAAGAAUAAUAUUACUUUGUUCGUAUAUAUUAUAUGUACAUGUAAUUGAAUGGAACAUAUAGGCUUUCUUUCUACUUUAUGACCCUUUCAUGAUCAUUCAGAGCACUUUAAAGAUGUUUUAAUCGAGAGAGCAAGCCAAAUAUGGUAAUCAAAAGAAAAUAUUAGAGUAAACAACGUAUUGACAAAGUAGCUUUAGAAGAACAUAAAACAACAUUAAUAUAAUUUUUUUUAAAUAAAAAAGUUUUAAAAAAUGGUGCACCUAAAUGGCACCACAACUAGUGAUAGGGGCCAAAAAAUGUUAUCAUCAAGAACUUAAUUUCAAUUUCACAGGGAUUUAACAUAAUAUUUUAGAUCAUCCGCUGCUUCCCCUUCCCCGUGAACCCCCCAGAUCCGCCAAAAUUACCCUAUCGUCGACCCUCCGUGAAUCGUACUGUAUCCAACGAUCCCACCGUGCUACUGAGUGACCAUCCCAGUGCCAAGGAAGUCCAUUCCGACGAGAUCAAGUCGUUGGAAGCGCCGCCAACGUCGCGAGCUUGGGGAGUCAAGAAGCGGCAGUUGGGCGCCUUUCUGAACCGCCGGCUCAACAAUUCCGAGCAGCCGGCUGUCGCGCGCAAGAAUGACAACAUUAACACGUUGUGCGACAAAGAGGAACGGCGUGGUGCCUUGGGGAGACUUUGUCAAGUGGGUUUUGAACUUUAA